AUGGCGUGUAUAAAGUCUUCUACGUGUAUUUGUGUCAUAUUCCUUGCUGUGCUUUCCCAAGUAGAAUCUGGGGCUUGUAAACAUGGAUAUUCAUGUGAUAGCCCAGCCUACUGUUGUCAAAAAGUCAAUGUUUGUCGAUACAAUUGUAUUGGCGAGCCUUGUACUUCCUCUAGCCACUGUGGGCCAGGCGAAUAUUGUUGCAAUGACACAUGCGCCUUAAACUGUUCGUCCUGUUCUGUGAAUCACCAUUGUUUAUCAGGUGAAUAUUGUUGUGAUCGUGGUCAAAGUCUUAGUGGCAAAUGUGCUAGAUCUUGUAUUGGAAAAUCAUGUAAAUAUGAUUCGCACUGCGGAUCAGAUGAAUCUUGUUGUUCUAAUGGAACAUGUGCCUCAAGUUGUAUUGGAGAGCCUUGUAAGUAUGAUAGCGACUGUGUAUCAAGUGAAUAUUAUCGUAAUGUUUAUCGAGGUCAUGGUGAAUGUGCUAAUUCUUCUCUUAGAAUACAGUGUAACUCAGACAACGAUUGCAACACUACUGGAAAAUGUUGUUACAAGAAUGAUUCUUAUAAGGAAUGUAAAGAUUGCGAAAGUGAAUCUACUGUGCCUGUGGGUUGGCUUGUCGUUGUAGGCAUUUUACUUAUCCCUACCGGUAUUAUUGUCUUCUUUAUGUGUGCAAUCGCCGCGUGUGGCUGGUGUUGUGACUGGUGUCAUCAGAGAAUGCGGGAAGUACUCCCGAGACGUGCUACGUUUCGCUUCGGGCAACAACGGCGGUCUCUGUCAGAACCACCACUUACCAGCCUUAGAACUGCAACCUUUGAAAGUCGAGAAACACAAGUUGCAACUUCUCUUGAAAGUCAUGACGAAGAAGAAGAAGAGCAACAACAAGAACAACAACAUACACCACAAGAACAACCAUUGAAUGUCCAAAACCUUGAACCAUACCCCCAACGAACCCCCAUCACCAUACCCCACUUUGUCCCCACCUCCAUACCCCAAUGA